UCCUUGGUCCUUAUCCCUCGACAUAUUCCCUCUCUGUAUAAAUUCCCCCUAAACCCAACGCCAUUCAUCACCAAGUCAAAACCCCUCUCCCUCUCUCUUGCUUGCUCGCUUAAGUGCCAAACAUGGCGUUUGCUCAUAGGCUUUCAGACCUUCUCAUGUCAGCUUUGAUCAUGAGCUCUCUAAUGGCUGCUUAUGCUGCUAACUUCUACCAAGACUUUGACCUCACAUGGGGUGACCAUCGUGCCAAGAUAUUCAAUGGAGGACAGCUUCUCUCCCUUUCCCUCGACAAGACUUCUGGCUCCGGCUUCCAGUCCAAGAAAGAAUAUCUCUUCGGGAGGAUUGAUAUGCAGCUCAAGCUCGUCGCCGGAAACUCUGCCGGCACAGUGACUGCCUACUAUUUAUCUUCUCAAGGACCAACGCAUGAUGAGAUCGACUUCGAGUUCUUGGGAAACCUAAGUGGAGACCCUUACAUCCUUCACACCAAUGUAUUCACACAAGGGAAGGGAAACAGAGAGCAACAGUUCUAUCUCUGGUUCGACCCUACCAGGAACUUCCACACCUAUUCAAUCGUCUGGAACCCACAAAGGAUCAUAUUCUUGGUGGACAACAUUCCUAUCAGAGAAUUCAACAACGCAGAAGCGAGAGGCGUUCCUUUCCCUAAGAACCAACCCAUGAGAAUCUACUCCAGUCUCUGGAACGCCGAUGACUGGGCGACAAGAGGUGGCCUAGUGAAAACUGAUUGGACCAAAGCACCCUUCACUGCUUACUACAGGAACUUCAAUGCCAAUGCUUGUGUCUGGUCUGCUGGAUCCUCUUCUUGCAGCUCCAAGUCUACGAAUUCUUUCACAGAUAGUGCUUGGCAGACUCAAGAACUCGAUGCAACGAGCCGAAGAAGACUCAGAUGGGUACAGAAGUAUUACAUGAUCUACAACUACUGCACAGAUGUGAAGCGCUUCCCUCAGGGUCUCCCUCCUGAGUGUAGACGUUGAAGGUUCUAAGAAAUGGCACCAUGGCUUUUGUUUUAUUAGUUUAUUGAAACGAGUUUGUAACAUAUUCGUCGGUGUUGAUUCUUUAUUAUUUUGUUCAUAUUCAAAUUUACAUGGUUUGAUGCUAUGUAAUAAAAGAAGUCAAAUAAAUUAAUUAUAUUCAUUA